AUGUCGUGGACGAUUAAAGAAUAUUUUCGUAUAUCUCAUACAAAUAUUUACUUCGAAGCAUUUUUACGAGCAAAUGGUAUGAGCCAGAAUAAUAAUAUUCUGUCUACCAACGAAAAAUCAUCAUUAUCAUUUAAUAAUGAUAUUGAUGAAAAUAAUCAAAUAUUAUCAUCAAAUUUACCGAAUGAAUUAAGUAAUAAUAAUAAUAAUGAUGAUGAGUGGAAAUCAGCCAAUGAUAAUGAUGAUAUUGAUAUAAAUGAAAUUCAAGAUGAUUUAACAACAAUUAAUAAUGAACAAAAUAAUAAUGAUGGAUGGGCAAAUUUUGAUACAUUUGAAAACAAUACUAAUUCAAAUUCAGAGAUCGUUCCUGUAACAACAUCGAAUAUAGAUGAAGAUGAUUGGGCAAAUUUUGAAUCACAUCCAAUACAAUCUACUCGACACGAUAUAGAAUUAUCUAGUAAUAAACAAUCAACAAAAAUAAAUCAUGAUGAUGAUGUUUUUGGUGAUUACGGUGAAGUACAAAUCUCUCAACAAUUUCAAGGAUCUGCUAUACCAAUUAAUUCUUUAAAUAUUGAAUCAAUUGAAUCUUUAAUCUCAACUUGUUUUCCAUUAGAAUCUUCGACAUUAUCUACAAAUAUUGAUAAAUAUAUUUCUUUUGAAUUACCAUCUUUUACUACAUGUAAAGAUCAAAUUAAGCAAUUACCAUGUUUUAAACAUAGUCUAUCUUUAUGGAAAUUAUUAUCAAAUAUAUCAAAUGACCCAAUAGGAAUUCAAUAUCAAUGGCGUAAAUCAAAUAUUGAACAUACAUUUCAUCAAGCAUUAGGUGUUCAUGAACGAUUUCGUACUAAAACUAUUCCUGUAACUUCGGAAACUUCUCAAUCAGAAUCUCAAAUAAUAACUUCAAAUGUUAAUAAUGAAAAUAGAUUAUUAUCACAAACUAUUAAUCCACAUUUUGAUUGGAAACAAAGUGGUCUAGAAAAUCCACUUACUGUUUUCGAUGUAAACAAAACACUCGAUCUUGAUUAUUAUAUUCCUCCAAUACAAACUUUAACAUUGAAUAAAGACGAACAUAUUACUUCUUCAACGAUAGUACAUCGAAAUAAUAGUCCAGUUAUUCAACAACAUACAACACCAAUUAAAACAAUUGAUCUAUUUCCAGGUUCAACAAGAGUAUUAAAUGAUGAUACUAAACCUAUUGUUGAUUCAGUACCAAAUUUUAGUUUUAUGAAUCCAAAAGCAUUAAUGCUCCAAACAAAAAAUUAA